UGGCUCCAAUGAGGUCUGGCUUCAGCAGCCCGACCACCCACCGCUGACAGUAAAUCCUUUGCUUUAUCAACAUACGAUGUGAUUCCUCGCGUGCAAAGAACGAAACAAAGACCAGCUCCACGUCAACAGGGAAACGGCCGCCACUGACGCUGCCACAGGCAGGGCCUUUCACCAGCCCAGCCGGGCUGUUUGCCCUAAACAGUUUGUUAAUCACUUUGAGCUUGCCCCCGCAAGCCCACCUCAUUUUUCUCAACUAAGUAAUUAUUGCCGAUUCUGUCCAAAUCCUAUUAAAUUCUCCAACCCUGCAAGGCUGUUAGCAGCAACGUUAAGCUCAGUGUUGUUCAAAACUGUUGCUGAAUUGCAUCAAGUGCUCGCUCUGAGUUUCAGCUUCCUGCAAGUUAAGGAAUAACAGCUUGCACAGCUGCAAUAUCCUAAGCAAUAAAAAGAUAAGAUAAAACUACCAUAGGCUUGACUGCCAGACCAAAACCAAACCAGAUCACCUGUUACACAGUCCCGGCCUCGUUACCUGCCCCUGCAACCCACCCAGGCUCAAGUCCAUCACCGCACACGGGUGCCUUCCUGCCAUUCUCAAGGAACACAGGGCGCGCUUGUGAGCUUCGUGGUUUCUCUGCCUCUGCAGCUUUGUAACUUCAGCAACACUUUCCCUCUUAAAACCUUUCUCAGACAAAAACCAGAGGCUGCAACUCAUGGCAAGAGUGGUAGCUGCAGGCUGGGUGCGAUGCUGGAGGUGGCUGCUGUGCUGAGCCAUGCCUGGUUGCUUUUUUCCUCACCGUGCAUUCUACCAUCGAGGGAAGGAUGGAGGCAGGAGCAGCAGGGGAAACCCCGAAUUUCUUACACCCAGAGGAGCCAAAUGGGUGGAAAGCAGAGACCUCCAGAGAGCUUGAAAAAGUGACACCCCACAUCCCAGCGGGGACAGAGCGAGGAGAAGCCCUGUGGCUGCCUUCCUGGUGGCAAGAGGUCCCCCCGGGCCCUGAGAUGGGGGAACCGGUCCUGUGAGGAGAGGCCGGAGAAGGAUGCUGGAGCUGCUCCUCAUGCCCAACGUCCCGCCUGCCCGCAUCGACUUCCUAGGCCCUCGUAAUCCAAAGAGUCGUGAUAGAAAUGCACUAAAAUUGAUUGGGUUUUCUCCAUAGCCUGCAGCUUCUGUGAAGUAAUGUCCCUGCACAUAUAUAUAUAUAUAUAUAUAUGUGUGUGUGUGUGUGUUUAUCUGCUCACAUACUUUUGUUCUCUGUUGUGGAGAGUGCCAGGAGCUUCUGGGGCUCACAGAUGUCCCCAGCAGCUGUAGCUGCUGACGGAAUUCCAAGGACAGGAGCCAGCCUGCUCACUCUCCCACUCAGGGGAAGGCUGAGCUCCCAGUACCCUUCUCGGCACACGCCGCUCAUCCCUCUGCUGCUGAAGGCACCCCAGCUCCAUCUCUCCUAUGAGCGGAGUGGUUCAGCAAUACUGAAAACCAGGAAAUUUUUGCAGCGCGAGUCCCCGGAAACAUCCACGUCAAGUUGUCCAGAGGGUACAAAAUGCACAAGAUUUCGGUGUUUUCCAGAGACGAUGGUGACCUCCGUCCACCCGCGUGGUUGCAACUCCUCCACGCCGGUCCCACACAGCUGGCAGCGAGAGGGUGUUUGUCCCGGCCGGUUCUGUACGCACAGCUUCAUGGCCUCGGGACCGAGAGGAGCUGCAUCUCCCGAGGUUGCUUUCUUGCUCCAUCACGAGGCAAUAACGUUUCCCCGCGGGGCCCGUAGCCGUGGGCACAGGGACUGCAUGGCUCCUUUCCUUGCAGGUGGCUUUAACCGCAGGGCCGUGCCACACCGCAGCCAAGCAGGGUGUGAGAUCCCACAGGAGAGGAUGCAUCCAGGCAGGGGACUGCAUGACAAGGAAGGAGCUGUGCUGACCAGCAUCCCACAGGAAAAAAGGGCUGGGAUGAUUAUUUUCAGGGUUAUGAUGGCUGUUAGAAGAAACUUUGCAGGAAAGCUGAAUCAUCGGUGCAGAAGGCAGCAGUGCUUGCAGGACUCCUUACAUCCCAGCCUAACACAAGCUGCUACCUCGUGUCAAGGAAUUUCAGAAGAAGCCCCUGAGCACCUCUGUCCUGUGGGUUUGAUUCCUCUAACACUUUGCCGUCUCCUGGUAGCUGAGAAAUAUUGCAGAGCAGGUGCUAGCCUGCAGUUGGGCAGCUCAGUAGCCUGCUACUCCUCAGUGAGGUAUUGAUUUUUGACAGGAAUUUUGUGUUAUGCAAACAUGCAGGGUGCCCAGUGAGUUGCUUGCUUUGUUCCAGAAUAAUCCCAGGAAACGAUGCUCUGAUAUAUGGGAAAGAAGAUGGCUGUGUUAAGUGGAGCUCAUCUGCACCUCGGCUAAAAGGUGGUUUCCCACAGCGGUGGCACCUCAUCUAUCUCUCUUGGUAUUUUCUUACAUCCUACAAAGCUAAUGCCUCAUGAUCCAGUUUACAAUAUGGCUUUUGGAACAUCUGCAUCAGCACCACUGGAGCAGUGGUAAGCUAUGACACAGCACUAGGAACAAAUGGCUACUGGGAGAAUAGACAACAUCUUAAACCAGCUCUGCUGAUAAAGAGGGCAUGAUGGAAUCGCACCCUGCCAUAGGAGAACGAGUCAAUUAAGCCGUACCUUUUCCACAGCCAUGCCAGAAGCUGGGUAGUCAUGCUAUGGGUAACAUCAUUCUGUAAAAGGGCUACUCUCCUCCUUGCAUCUGCUACUGGCUGCUUCUGAGACAGGUUACCGGGCCACGUUUCCCUUACUGUGGUCCAGUGCAGCGCUUUUAUGUCAGCUGCUCCUGGUGGAAGUUGGAUGAACAGAGCUAGAACAUGGGUUUAAAUGGUUAUUCACUAAAUUUGUAAGCUCUGAACCCUCCAGUGAAAACAUCACUUGCUUUCACCCCUUCCACGUCUUGAGUUCAUGGUUUUCCACCUUCUUACAAUUUCGAUUUGGCAUUCAUUACGGGAGCAGAACAAUAAAGAAUCGGUAUAAGGGGAAAAGGAAGUUGUGUGCUAAUAGAUGGUGCCUAAAUUGCAGACAAAUUUCAGGUUGUACAGAGGACAUAGGUGUGAAGUCCACAGACAUAUGCGGCUUUCUUCUACAGACCCACUGCCAAAGAGCCAUUUCCUUUUGCUACAGGACAUGAAUACCCUUCAAGUUCUCAUCUGCAUUUAUAGCUGCUCCUUUGCAUGGUUGUACAUAUUAAAGCCACUCCAGGGCUGCUUUUUUUGAGAAAUUCUAAUUAUGAAUCUGCACUGAAACUAGUGAUGUUUCAGGCUUUUGCAAAAGCAGAGCUCAGGCUUCUUAGCAAUACCAGAUUGUGACAUUCUCCAGAUCUGUACAAUGUGUGGUUUCUGUCUAAACCCACUGUGGUUAACAUUUAGCAAUGUGACUUCUCCAAUGAAGUAAACACCUUUUGUCUCUGUCACUCUUCUUGUUUCACUCUCUCAAGCUUGUCAGUAAGAAAUUGGUUUUGGAAGAGAUUUCUUCUGCCUCAGCAAAACAUUGGAAAUUAUUCACCAAAAUGAAUUUAGCCACUUUGUCAGAUACAGAAAUCAAAUGUCCCUGCAUUUAUUGUUGAUCACAGAAAUGCAGGCUUCUCCCAGGGACUGCUGUUUGCCAAAAAACUUAAACCCAAUUGUCUUGGAUUAGACCAGUGUAGGGGAAAACACUGUAGUACAGCAAAGUGGUCUGCAGUUAAGG